GUGAAACAGUGAAUGCUGGAGAUGCAUUGUGUGAAAUUGAAACAGACAAAGCGGUGAUUACCAUGGAAUCAAGUGAUGAUGGCAUAUUGGCUAAAAUACUGAUGGAAGAAGGAAGCAAAAAUGUACGCUUGGGAUCACUAAUUGCUCUGCUGGUAGAGGAAGGACAGGACUGGAAGCAAGUUGAAAUACCAGCUGAUGGUAUUGAUCCAUCUUCUCUGGCAUCACCAGCACCUGCGCUUACUUCAACUCAUGCAGGUCCUUCAGUUUCAGCCCCUCGUAAACUGGAACAUCAACCCAGAAAAUUGCAGGUUCGCUUAAGUCCUGCAGCUCGCAACAUUCUGGAGACACAUGGACUAGAUCCAAGCAAUAUUACACCUUCUGGGCCUCGAGGAAUCUUCACUAAAGAGUAUGUAGAUACUUCAGCUGGGGAGAGCAAUGAAGUGUAA